AUGCUACCAUUAACACUUUUAAAGGGUGCCAUUGGGACCAAUAUGUUGGUGGAAUUAAAAAACGGAGAAACAUUUAACGGAACACUCACAAAUUGCGAUCAAUUUAUGAAUAUGAAUUUAGAGGAUGUUACGUGUACAAGCCGAGAUGGUACUAGGUUUUGGAAAAUGGAUAAAGUAUAUAUCAGAGGAUACACAUUAAAAUAUAUUCGAAUUUUAGAUGAAAUUAUUAACAAAGUAAAAGAGGAACAAAAGAAGAGUAGAAGUAAGCCUCAACAACAACAGCAACAGCAAACCAGUACUGCCGCUACUGCAAGCAGCGGAGCUUCUACUACAACAUCAGCUCCUCAAAGGACACGUAGUCAUAGCUCCGGAGCAGGAAGAGGCUCGGGAAGAAAUGAUUCCUCUAGGUCAUCUUCAUCGGGUGGAGGCCGAGGAAGAGGAACACAUCAUAAAACCCAUUAA